AGUUUUCCUGCCGUGAUUAUGAUGGCAUAAGAGCUUCACAGGACCAUACUAAGAGACCUAUAGCUACUUCACAGCAUACAUCAGAGUUUUCCUGCCGUGAUAAUGAUGGCAUAAGAGCUUCACAGGACCAUACUAAGAGACCUAUAGCUACUUCACAGCUUUCACAGCAUACAGCAGAGGCUUUGGUUGACUACAUGGACAGUAAAGACGAGGUUUUCCCUUCAAAGGCUAUGAUGUCUAAGAAAAAGAUGAGGCCUGCAAUUCAUGAUGACUCGGAUGAUCUUUUUAACUCUGAAAAUUCCAGUGCAAGCAGUGAAGAUGAAAAUACAGACAUCACCGAAAAACAUCAUAGACCUUGUGUCAGGGAGAAGGAGAGAUGAUUCCACGAAAACUGCCGAAAAAAAACCUGGAUGGGGAACGUUUUAUGCACUGUAUAUACUGCCAAGGGCUCUUCUUAAAGAAGACUUUGUGGAGACAUUUGAAGAUUUGCAAAUUCAAGCGUUCCGAUGUGAAGCCUAAACCUGGAAGAACUCGUGUGCAGACUCUUUGUGGCUUUGCACAGCCUCCACCACCAGGCGUAACUCAUGGUGUUUGGAAGCUGUUAAAUGCUAUGAACCAAGAUGAAGUGGCCCUGGCAGCUAGAAAUGACUGGUCCAUUUUAGAGCUGGGGAAACAUCUUUAUAACAAGUGUGGCUCAAGAAUUAAAAUGCAUGAAUACAUUCGUCAAAAAAUGAGAGAGCUUGGAAGACUUCUGAUAUGUGCAAGAAAGGUUUCACCCCUUACAUCUAUUAAAGAGCUCACCAACCCCGAGAACUUUCUGCAUACUGUUGAUGCAGUUAAAGAAACAGCUGGAUAUAAUGAGAAGACAGGUCUCUAUGAAAACCCCAGUAUUGCAGUAAAACUCGGACAAAGUCUUAACAAAAUUGCAAUGCUUAUUGAAAGUCAGUCUAUCAUUUCUGGAGACAAAGCAACAGCAAAAGCUGCGAACAGCUUCCAACAGUUGUAUCAAUCCAGAUGGUCUGAGUACAUUUCUGCUUCAGCCAGGCGAACACUGGAGGAAGCCAAAUGGAACAAACCAACAUUACUCCCAUUCACCGAAGAUGUUAAACUUCUCCAUUUGUAUCUAGAUGAGCAAGAGAAAAUUUACUACAAACUCUUGUCAGCACAGCCUUUGUCUCACCACUGGUCAAAGUUGGCCAAGGUUACAUUAACUCAAGUUAUGCUUUUUAAUCGAAGACGAGAGGGGGAAGUUUCACAAAUGCCUUUGUCUGCCUACACCUCCAGCAUCCAAUCAGAUGCCCAUCCAGAUAUUAGCAUGGCCCUCUCAGAGUUGGAAAAUAAACUGUGUCAGUACUUCAAGCGAAUAGAGAUCAGAGGCAAAAGAGGAAGAAAGGUUCCAGUACUUGUCACUCCUUCAAUGCAAGAGUCAAUUAACCUGCUGAUUAAAAACCGGGAUAGGUGUGGAGUACCGAAUGAGAACUCUUUCCUCUUUGCACGUCCUUUUGCAAUGACCUAUUACAGAGGCUCUGACUGUAUUCGUGAAUUUGCACGCGAAUGCAAUAUUGAAAAACCUGAAACUCUCACUACCACAAAGUUGAGGAAACAGAUUGGUACCCUCUCUGAAGUUCUUAAUCUGAGCAACACAGAACUGGAUCUGCUGGCUGACUUUCUUGGCCACGAUAUUCGUGUACAUCGUCAGUUUUACAGGUUACCUGAGGGCACUCUCCAGUUGGCCAAAAUGAGCAAAAUUUUUCUGGCUCUUGAAAAAGGACGCUUGGCUGAUUUUAAAGGGAAAAGUCUUGAUGAAAUCAACAUAGAUCCUGAAGAGAAAGUUACAGUGGACAGCGAUUUAGAGGAUACUCAAUUAAAAGAGUGCACUCAGGUAUCAGCACCACACACUGCAUUUGAAGAUUGUAAUGACUCCUUGCUUCAAGCAGACAGAGGGCUCAAAAACAAAGCAUCAGCACCACAAACUGCAAGUGAACAUUGUGAUGACUCCUUGGUUCCAGCAGACAAAGGGCUCAAAAAAAAAGGUGAGGUUAAGAGGACACCCUGGAACCAGCAGGAAGUUCAUGCUGUGGAAAAGCAUUUGAUGAAAUUUAUUAAGAACCGGAAUGUUCCAAGAAAGACGGACUGUGUAAGGUGCAUAGAGGCUGAACCACAGGCUCUUAAAAACAGAGAGUGGUCAGCUCUGAAGUUUUACAUCAAAAACCGCAUCUCUGCUCUGCAAAGAAAAGAUUUAGCGCAUAAAUUUAGCUGAAUCUACCCACCAUGUCCUCGGGUUUUGGUCAAUUUAAAUCGAUUUAAUUCUGUUUAAUCGAUUUAAUUCCGUUCUUUUAAAGAAUGUUUUAAAAUGUUUCAGAUAUUUAAUGGAAUUAAUUAUUUUGUUUUACUGAUUUGCUGUUUUGUUUUCCUGUUAGGAAGACACUGUUCUUUCUUUUAGAGCAGUUAUUAGUAUGCCAUCCUCGGUUUACAAACUUGGUUAUUUCUUUCUUGAAGGAAAACACCAGCGU